AUGAGUUGUCUGACGAUUAUAUGUCCGAACGCUAAACGGGUUCAAGUUAAAACUACUCCUAUGAUGCUGAUAAGACAAGUGCUCGAAGAAGCUUGUCUCAAAAGUGGAUUCGAAGUGAACAGGCACCGCCUUCAGACUCAGUCUCGAAAGCCCAUUGAUCCAUCUUUACCGUUUCGGCUCUCUGGAAUCCCUAACAAUGCUACCCUUGAAAUGAUUCAAAAAGAAGCUUCAUCAGAAAAUGCUAUGAUUGAUUUAGCUAUUCAAUCUGGAUCAGGCGCUCGCCAUCAGAAAAAAGUCAAUGUGAAAGUUAUGCUUCUAGAUGUUCUCAAAGAUUUCACUGCUGAAUUUGGAGAAGAUCUGGCGACUACAGUCGAUGGGUCCGUUCCAUGCGUCGUUUACAUGAACAAGCGGUAUACGGGCGCUGAAUUGGCUGUAAAUUCUCUGUCAAGUCUAGGAGUUUCAACUGGAAAAUGUCUCAUCAGAUACAUGCGCGUUAAGCUGAACGCCGAGGAGCUCUCCGCAAUGGAAACAAGAUUGAAAGAGGAAAUGGAUCGCAAGAAGGCUAUGGAUGCGAAUUUCUCCAAGUUGAAAGCAGAGAAUGAGGAAAGAAAUCGUUUGGAACAGUUGAGACAGGAAGCCUUUGAUAAAGAUAAGGAUGAAAGAAAGAAAAGAGAGGAAGAGCAACUAAAAGCGAUCAUACCAGAAACAAAUGCACCUGAAAACGUCGAAAUCGAUACAUCUGGACCACAGAAUCGUGAUGUUCUUCGAGAAGUGCCUCAACAAGAUCCUAACUCGUGGUCUUUCGAUGGACCUGCAUUCUCACGUCCAGCUCAGCAAAAUACGAUGAGGUUGGAGGAAUUGAAUCGGCUUCUUGAACGUACAAACAACUCGUUGGAAAGCUCUUCUCAUGAGUCCAGAAUGGAUGCGAUGGUGAAUGCUUUGGCCGAUGGAGGUAGAAUCACUCUCGCGGAGGUUCGCACACGAGCUGACAUCGCAAUGGAACAGGAACAAGAAGUUGCUGAAGUUUUUGGAGACUCUUGUGACAGACAGGCGGUGAUCUUCAAGAAAGGAUCGAAAGUACAAGCAGAAGAACCGAUGGAGACGGAAGAGUUUUUUGAAGUUGGAUUGGAUGAUGUUCGAAAUAUGCAGAAAGACCUUCGCAAAGCUGUGCGUGAUCAAACCCAGGCCAGCUUCGUCUCAAAGGAUUACUUGGUCAAGAAAAACAGGCAAUUAAAAAUUGAUGCGUACAAACAUACCGUGGUCCGUGUGAAUGUCGGUGAACACAUUCUGCAAGCUUGCUUCAACACCAAUGAGCAAAGUUAUAAGCUGGAUGUCUUUUUGAAAAGUGUGUUCAAAAGAUCUGACUGGAAGCUGAUGUUCACCAACAUGAAAGUUGUCACAAGUGAAGUUAAGAAUUUUGUGGACUUGGAACUUGCACCAAAGUCAACUCUUAUUGCUACAUUUGGAGGUCAAACUGUUAAUGCAGCUGAUGUUGUCCAAAAUGUCAGUGAAGUGAGACAAGAGGAGGCGGAUAGAAUCGCAUCGCAAUGGCUCUCCAUUAAUAAAACAUUCAUACCAUUCAACUCGACUGUUAACGAUGAUCGUAAACAAAAGCGAACAACUACGGAUUCUACUUUCUCAGCCCCAAGUUCUGGUCCUCCUGCGAAAUCAGCAAUGCCAAAAUGGUUGCAGACUGGCAGAAAAUGA